GCUUGUAUUUUCGACUGUUUAAUAAUGUACCAAAUAUUUGCUCUUAAAAAUUUCUAUUUUAAGUAAGAGGCCACGCCUCCUUCACUGAGAUGGACAGGUUUAGAAGCCAUGCCUCCUUUACUCAGACUGGCAGGUUUAGAAGACACGCCUCCUUCACUGAGACGGACAGGUUUAGAAGCCACGCCUCCUUCACUGAGACGGACAGGUUUAGAAGCCACGCCUCCUUCACUGAGAUGGACAGGUUUAGAAGACACGCCUCCUUCACUGAGACGGACAGGUUUAGAUGCCAGGCCUCCUUCACUGAGAUGGACAGGUUUAGAAGCUACGCCUCCUUCACUGAGAUGGACAGGUUUAGAAGCCACGCCUCCUUCACUGAGACUGACAGAUUUAGAAGCCACGCCUCCUUCGCUGAGACAGACAGAUUUAGAAGCCACGCCUCCUUCGCUGAGACUGACAGGUUUAGAAGCCACGCCGCCUUCGCUGAGACUGACAGGUUUAGAAGCCACGCCGCCUUCGCUGAGACUGACAGGUUUAGAAGCCACGCCUCCUUCGCUGAGACUGACAGGUUUAGAAGCCACGCCUCCUUCGCUGAGACAGACAGGUUUAGAAGCCACGCCUCCUUCGCUGAGACUGACAGGUUUAGAAGCCACACCUCCUUCGCCUAUAUAUUUAUCAUUUAUUUAUUUAUAAUUUAUUUCAAUAUAAAUUAUUUAUUCAUUUAUAAAUCUAGACUGACAGGUUUAGAAGCCACGCCUCCUUCACUGAGACGGACAGGUUUAGAAGCCACGCCUCCUUCACUGAGAUGGACAGGUUUAGAAGCCACGCCUCCUUCACUGAGAUGGACAGGUUUAGAAGCCACGCCUCCUUCACUGAGAUGGACAGAUUUAGAAGCCACGCCUCCUUCGCUGAGACUGACAGGUUUAGAAGCCACACCUCCUUCGCUGAGACUGACAGAUUUAGAAGCCACGCCUCCUUCGCUGAGACUGACAGGUUUAGAAGCCACGCCUCCUUCGCUGAGACUGACAGGUUUAGAAGCCACACCUCCUUCGCUGAGACUGACAGGUUUAGAAGCCACACUUCACUGAGGUAGACAAACAUAAGAGCCAUGCUUCUUUUACUUGACUGGGCUCCAUUCAGUUUUAAAUGAUUUAUACGUGUAUACUAACAGGAUAUAUCCUAAGUUUAUAUUUAAGUCUGCUAUAAUUGUCAUACUCAGUUGGGAAUCAUGGCUAUAAUCAGGAGAAAAUGUAUUUAAUGUAUAUUAGAAGAGGCAUUUCCAGUUGUUUAGGUUGUUGUUGUUGCUGUCCUUGGUGCUGAAAUGAAGCUUCUUGCAAUCUGGGGUGAUUGUUCACGACACCAACCUGCUGCUUGAUGCUCGCUCUUCUGAACCGGUGCAGCCAUGUUACUUAACAUCUUCAAUACCAAAUAAGCUACGACAACAUUUCUGCACGUAACCGAUGCACCUUCUGGCUCAGAGUCGUGUUUUAGGACGUAGGAUGUUCAGAUUAGAUCCGAUUCCGCUGCAUAAAAGGAUUAACAUUUGAAGCGCCGUGUGUCG